AAUAAAGAAACCGAGUACUACACUAGUUAUAUAAACUGAGAGAGAGUAAAAGCAGGCGAAACGAAACAAUUAGUGUUAGAAUGCUAAAUUUCGCAGCGAUGUUCGGCAGAAGAAGACAUCGUGCUCCCAAAUCGCCGGCGGCGGUCGGUAAAAAGAAGGAUAACUGUGGGGGUAUGCUUUAUCAUCUACUCUGCGGUUUAGGUAGAAGCAAGGUGAGACCAGAACCGGGUAGCAAGGCCAGAGGAUCAAAGCAUUCACAUGCUGAGCCUUCGCAUGGUAGUGGUGCUGGAGGACCAAAUAACACUUCUGCUCGUAGGUCAUGGAAAACAGGCAUCAAGUCGGAAGAAAGAAAGAUUGCCACUUCCCCUCCCCACGAUGGUGCUGCGUGUCCUGUUCGAUUUUUCAUUGUUGUCCGGGAUGAUUCUAAAGAUGGUACCUUGGCAAAAGAAUCAAAGAUCAACACAGGUACCUUGGCAAAAGAAUCAAAGAUCAACACAGGUACCUUGCCCAAAGAAUCAAAGAUCAACGGAGUUGAUGAGUCUUCUUUAUGUUCCAGCGAUCUGGAGGUGGACUUUCCUAAUGAAACAGAUUAUCCGGAUCUGUCUGAAAUCUUUACCGAUGGUUAUCCCUCUGAUGGUAGUAGCGAAGAGGUCACUUCAAACAGCUCCCCUAAGUGGAUCCCACUUGACAGUAGAUUUGAUUUGCGCAAUGCUCGUCCUUGCCCCCCCCACGGCAUCAUCUAGAUCUUCCUGGAACUUGUUAGGAUUUCCCUCGGAUGUUGGAUUUUAAGAGAAUAAUAGACUAGUUUAAAUGUUUUUGUAAAAAGCUCUCUGGGUAGAUAUCUGAUAUAUGAAUUUUUGGUUAAUGCAAUAGAAUUAACAUCCGGAUCCUACUUUUUUGCUUUGAAAUUAUGUUUAAGAAAUAUGUGAAGAUAAUUUUUUUUUUUGUGGUUCUGAUAAAAAAAAAUAAAAAUUUGUUACAUGUGGUUGAUUCA